AUGGCAGGCAAACACAACCACCACAACGGCGACAACCCUGCCAGUGUGUGGCUCCGCGACGAUGCCUGCAUGCAAACUAUUGAGAAACUCCGCGUUCUCGGCGUCGCCGACCUUAUUCCCCUGCCGCAAGUUGUCGUGGUAGGUGACCCGUCUUCGGGUAAGAGUUCUGUCCUGGAGUGCAUGACGGGUUUGGCCUUCCCCCGCGGUCCUGAGCUCUGCACCCGUUACGCGACCCAAAUCGCUUGUCGCCGCGAUGCCUCCGAGACCGUCCGGAUCUCUAUCGUUCCGAGCCAGGAUUCCAACGAGGAUCGAAAGGUGCGACUGAAGAAGUUUGGUUUCUCUGUUAAGGAGAACGACCUGGAGUUGGCGGAUGUCUUUAUGAAGGCGAACGAAGCCAUGGAACUUCGCGAUAUCAACGAUGGGGACGCUUCAAAGCUACCGGUCUUUGCUGAAGACAUUCUCAAGAUUGAGAUCAAUAGCCCGGACCAAUAUCACUUGACUAUCAUCGACGUCCCGGGUAUUUUCCGCACGCCUACAAAGGGCAUGACCACCAACGAUGACAUUGCUAUCGUCAGAAACAUAGUCAACAGAUACAUCAAAGAUCAGCGUACCAUCAUUCUGGCAGUCAUCCCUUGCAAUGUCGACGCAUCAACCCAGGAGGCUCUCACUCUUGCCAAAGAAGUCGAUCCAGAGGGGCUUCGAACUAUAGGUGUUCUCACCAAGCCCGACCUUGCCACCGAGCGCGUCACUCAGCAGAUCGUAUGCGAACUUAUUGAGGGUAAACGCCAUCCCCUCCGCCUCGGAUACUGUGUGGUGAAGAAUCGGAGCGACGACGAAGGAACCUCAACGAAGACAGACCGAAUCUCAUCGGAGAAGGAGUUCUUUUCUAAACGUCCGUGGAACAGGAUCAAAUCGACAUUUCGGAUUGGUGUUAGCGGCCUCGGUAUCCGUCUGCGAGAAUUGCUUGGCGACCUUUUCAAGAAGGAUCAUAAGUACAUCGAGGCCAAAAUACGUCAUAGACUCAAUAACACUGAGACUUUUCUCAGUCGCCUAGGUCCUUCGCGAUCUCGAGCGGAUGCUCAGCGACGAUACCUUGCCAAUAUUGCGUCAGGUUUCCAAGAGGUUUGUAUUCGAGCUCGAGACGGAAAUUACAGCGGAAUGGGUAUGUUCCAAGACGACGUACACUUUCGACUCAUCACAUGCAUCGUCAAUCUGAAUGAGUCAUUCAAUAAGGACCUCACAUCGUGUGGCCAUACACUUGAGUUUGACGGCCAAAGCGAGGAGGAAGUCGGUCCUGGUCCUGGAUUCAGGGUACCUAUGGACGAGCAGUCAACUCAUUGUCUCGGUGAUAUCCUGAAGCAUAUGGAUUACGAAUGCCCCAAGCCAGUACAAGGCUUACUUCUGGGCCGUAUUGAAAAUCUCUUUCAUCGAUCUCGCACUGCCGAGAUUGGCUCGUUUCCAGGCUCAUUGCUAGCACAGGCCUUCAAGGAGCAGACCCAGAGGUGGGAGCCCCUGGUUUUGAAGCAUGUUAGUCAGGUGAUCGUGGUCAUUCACACGUUCAUUCGCCUAACACUGCAACACAAAUGGGAAGGCGACAGCAACACAUUUGAGAUGUUGCAUAACCACCUUCUGUUGCCCAAGCUCCGUGCAGCUUAUCAGCGAGCUUUGGAUCAUGCUCAGUUCCUCCUUGAAGUCGAGCUUAGUGGACAGCCCUACACCAUGAACCACUACUUCGACAUCAAUCUCCAAGUUUCACAGGCCACCAGACUUCAGCAAGCGAUCAACAAGACCAUUGGCCCGGAGAGCGUCCGAAACGUCGAUGGCGCUACUGCAAGCAAACCGAGCACGAACGCAAGUCCUGCUUCCGGAGAAAACACGCUGGGAGCGAACAAAAACAACGGAAGUCCCUUCAAUUUUACGUCUCAGCAAGAAGACGGGUCUUCCGGAGCUGCAGGCUGGUGGGUGCCAAAGUCAAUGCUCUCCAAGCUUACAACCGAUCGUUCCAACGCUAAGCAGGUCAGAGAGGAUAUCCACGACGCCCUCCGUAGCUACUACAUGGUCGCUCGGAAGCGAUUCGUUGAUGUUGUGCUGCAGCAGGUCAUAUUUCACUUCUUGCUCGAUUCCAAGACCAGCCCUCUCAAGAUCUUCACCCCUGACCUGGUCAUGAUCCUAGAUGACACGAUACUCAAGAUUAUUGCCGGAGAGAACGCAGCGAUGCGGGAUAGACGCGAGGCUCUCGCUCAAACCAUUUUUAACUUGAACCUCGCGCUGCAGGAGCUGGAAGAUACCAAGUAA